ACAGAUGCAACUCCGAGGCCACACUUGCCUCAAAACUCACAGCGGACCAAGCACGUUUUAAUGAAUAGGCAACUUCAGCUCUCCUAGGAAGAAGAGGAAAAACUCAUCUGAAGUUCAUCCUAAUUCUGAAGAAUUCAAAUUGGUCAACCACAAGAGCCUGCAAGAACAAAACUGUGAAUUGCCAGUAUCUCUGAACUCCCACCCAAGAGUGCACAAGGGCUAUUCUGAAAAUAUGUCGGAGACGUCUUCCCAUGAAUCUUUCUAUGAUUCCCUAUCAGAUGUUCAGGAAGACACAAAGAAUGCAGAUUUCUUCCCUGAAUUAUCAGCCUUUCUCAGUCAGGAAGAAAUAAACAAGAGCCUUGACCUAGCUCGGGAAGCCAUAGCCAACUCUGAAGUGGAAGAUUCUGACUCAGAAAAAGAGAUCACUCACAUUUUUAAAACCUCUCCAUCAAGCCUCUGUGAAAAAACUUCUCAAAAGGAGACCAAACUAGCUGAAAAGAGGACUCCAACAAUGCCUCAGGGAAACAGACCCAUUCGAAGUCAGACUUUACCAGAACAAGAACCCCCAGUCCCUCAAAAUAGGAGUAUCUCUUCACCUAUGUCCAAGAGAAAACCGGUUGGCUCACCCUUGCUGACCGCCAGUCCCAGCUAUAUUAGGAGCCUCCGGAACGCUGAGAGACGUGGUCCAAAGGCACUUAACUUGAGUGCUAAGUCCAAAUCAGUAAGCCAGGGGGGCCUUGGCUCCCAGAGCCAACUCCGUGACAAGGCAGCUAAUUUGAUUGAAGAGCUCUCAUCUAUAUUUAGAGAAGCAGCAAAACCAAGAAACCGAAAUCUAAAUGGAGAAUCCUCAUCACCAGAUAGUGGGUACCUGUCUCCAAAGAAUCAGCCAUCAACCUUAAGUACUUCAGCCAGCCAGAGUCCAACUGAAGACCACCCAGCAAUGGAGACAGAAGUCAAACUGCCUACAGCUAACCACCUCAAUAACUACUGCCAGAAAAGCCAGGCCAUUACUCAGUCUGGCAAUGGCAUCUUUCAUAAGCCACUUCAUGAUCCCAUGAGCCUCCCAGCUGCCCCACGAUUCACCCAGAAACUGAGAAGUCAAGAAGUAGCUGAAGGGAGCAGAGUGUAUUUGGAAUGCCGAGUCAUGGGCAAUCCAGUUCCUCGGGUCAGAUGGUUCUGUGAAGGAAAAGAGCUUCAGAACUCCCCAGACAUUCAGAUCCAGUGUGAGAGUGGAGGUCUCCAUACCCUAGUCAUUGCUGAGGCUUUUGAGGACGACACAGGGCGUUACUCUUGUCUGGCUACCAAUCCUAACGGUUCAGACACAACAUCUGCUGAAGUCUUCAUUGAAGGUGCCAGUUCAUCAGAUUCUGAUAGUGAAAAUUUAGCUUUCAAAUCAAAAGCUGGAGAUAUGCCACAAGCCCAAAAGAAAACAACCUCGGUGUCCUUAACAAUAGGAACAUCUUCCCCAAAGACUGGAGUGACUACAGCUGUGAUUCAGCCCAUUUCUGUUCCCGUUCAGCAGGUUCAAAGUCCCACUUCAUAUCUCUGCCGACUUGAUGGAGCCAAUUCUGCCUAUACACCACCCAAUUUUACAAAGGAACUGCAAAACAUAACAGCCUCAGAGGGACAAGUGGUUGUCCUUGAGUGCCGGGUCAGAGGAGCACCCCCAUUGCAAGUCACAUGGUUUCGAGAAGGCAUCGAAAUUCAGGAUUCUCCAGACUUUCGGAUUCUACAGAAAAAACCUCGAUCCACAGCUGAGCCUGAGGAGAUUUGCACUCUGGUCAUUGCAGAGACUUUUCCUGAGGAUGCAGGAAUCUUCACAUGCUCUGCAAGAAACGAAUAUGGAUCUGUAACUAGCACAGCGGAGCUUGUUGUCAACUCAGCCAACAUGGAAAACUAUAGCCAUGACUCCAUGAAACAGUCCAAUAGUGACGAUUUCCAGCAUGAUCCACCUCCUCCUCCUCCUCUAGAGAUCAGUUCCUUUGAGAUGACUCCAGAGAAACCUCCAGAAAGUCAUCCAGUGACCAACCCUGAGCUUGGACCAGGCAUGACUGACCUUCAAUUGCAACUCAACUCCGCCAGGAGGGAAACCAAUGGCAUCCAUCUGAACCAUGGAGUAAAUGGACUGAUUAAUGGCAAAGCUAACGGUAAUAAAUCUGCUCUGAAGCCAGCUGUCCUACUUUCGCCCACAAAGGAGCCACCUCCGCUGCUCGCCAAACCAAAACUGGACCCUUUGAAAAUACAACAAUUGCAGAACCAAAUUAGACUGGAACAAGAGGGCAGCCAGUGGUACCAUCAGCAGUCCAGUGCCCCACAGAACCCUCCCCCUUCCCCACCUUUCCCUCCUCCACCAUCUUUCCAAGAGCUUGAGGCCAGCCAAUCUGUCUCUUUCCCAGAUCAGAUGAAUGUUCUCACCUCCCACUCUUCUCCCGUCAUGCAGUCCUCAAGCUCCUUCAACUACGCUAGGCCCAAACAAUUCAUUGCUGCUCAGAACAUCAGCCCUGCCUCAGGUUAUGUGACUCCUUCCUCUAGUUCUUCCACCUCCAGCCUCCCAUCUCCCAUGUCUCCAACUGCUACUCAGAAACAGUUCGGCCGAGUGCCCGUGCCACCCUUCUCUCAACCAUUUCCCUCUGAAGGGGAGUUUCAGUGGUCUCCUUCUUCACCCUCCCCUCCACCCCCUCCUCCUCCAGUCUUCAGUCCAACCACAGCUUUUCCUAUGUCCGAUUCCUUUCCACUCCCUCCUCCCCCUCCUCCGCCUCUCCCAGGAUCAGCUCCCUCACCUUCUUUCUGCCCUUCUCCAAAUGCCCGUUUCGGUCACUCCAAUCAAACUCCAGCAGCCUUCCUCAGCUCCAUGUUGCCAUCCCAGCCUGCUCCCGUCGCAGUCAACGCAUUGGGACUUCCCAAAAGUGUCACUCCUGUGGGAUUUCCAAAGAAGGCUGGCAGAACUGCUCGGAUAGCCUCUGAUGAAGAGAUUCAAGGCACAAAGGAUGCUGUCAUUCAAGACCUAGAAAGGAAGCUCCGCUUCAAAGAGGACCUACUGAACAAUGGACAGCCGAGGUUAACAUAUGAGGAAAGAAUGGCUCGCCGACUACUAGGUGCUGACAGUGCCACCGUCUUUAACAUCCAGGAACCUGAAGAGGAACCUGUCUCACAGGAAAUUGAGUCUCUUCAUGCUUCUUCUAUAGUGAAUUCUCAGGAUGGUCAAAAGGAGUACAAAGUCUCUAGCUGUGAGCAAAGACUCAUCAGUGAAAUAGAGUACAGACUGGAGCGGUCUGCCCUGGAUGAUUCAGGUGAUGAAUUGCAACAAGGAGACGGGCCAAUGGAGAAUGGAGUAGCACCAUACUUUGAGAUGAAGCUGAAACAUUACAAGAUUUUUGAGGGCAUGCCAGUGACAUUCACAUGCAGAGUGGCUGGGAAUCCAAAGCCAAAGAUCUAUUGGUUCAAAGAUGGGAAACAAAUUUCUACAAGGAGUGAUCACUACAGCAUUCAAAGAGAUCCUGAUGGAACCUGCUCUCUCCACACCACAGCGUCCACCCUAGAUGAUGAUGGAAAUUACACUAUCCUGGCUGCGAAUCCCCAGGGCCGAGUGAGCUGUACUGGAAGGCUGAUGGUACAGGCUGUCAACCAGAGAGGUCGGAGUCCUCGCUCUCCCUCAGGCCAGCCUCAUGUCAGAAGGCCCCGAUCUCGAUCACGAGACAGUGGAGAUGAAAAUGAACCAAUUCAAGAACGAUUUUUCAGACCUCACUUCUUGCAGGCACCUGGAGACCUAACUGUUCAAGAAGGAAAACUAUGCCGAAUGGAUUGCAAGGUCAGUGGAUUACCAACACCAGAUCUAAGUUGGCAACUGAAUGGAAAGCCAAUUCGCCCUGACAGUGCUCAUAAGAUGCUGGUGCGAGAGAACGGUAUACACUCUUUGGUCAUUGAACCUGUCACAUCCAGAGAUGCUGGCAUCUACACAUGUGUAGCCACCAAUCGAGCUGGGCAGAACUCUUUCAGCCUGGAACUCAUUGUUGCUGCUAAGGAAGCACACCAAGCCCCUGCAUUUCUUGAGAAGCUGCAGAACACAGGGGUUGCGGAUGGGUAUCCAGUCAGACUGGAAUGUCGUGUUUCUGGAGUGCCUCCACCUCAAAUAUUCUGGAAGAAAGAAAAUGAGUCGCUCACUUAUAGCACUGACCGCGUGAGCAUGCACCAGGAUAAUCACGGCUAUAUCUGCCUGCUCAUUCAAGGGGCCACAAAAGAGGAUGCUGGAUGGUAUACAGUGUCAGCAAAGAAUGAAGCUGGAAUUGUGUCAUGUACUGCCAGGCUGGAUGUUUAUACCCAGUGGCAUCAGCAGCCCCAGAGCACCAAGCCAAAAAAAGUACGGCCCUCCGCCAGUCGCUAUGCAGCACUUUCAGACCAAGGACUAGACAUCAAAGCAGCAUUUCAGCCCGAAGCCAACCCGUCUCACCUGACCUUGAAUUCAGGCUUGGUAGAGAGUGAUGAUCUGUAGAUCCCGUGUGAUUUUCAAAGCAGAAACACUGAAAGCCAUUGCCUUGACCAACCAUAUUCCUUUGUCACUUUAUGUAAAAGGCAGACACACACCUUUGACUACAUACAAGAGAUAACGAACACCAUAACCAUACUUUUCUAACUUACUAUUAUACCCAGUGGAGAGUAUUAGUAGCUGGUAUUCCUAGAAAUGUACACCUUGCACCAAAAAAUUCACAUUCAUCCGGGUUUUUUAAAUUUUGAGAACUGCUCUGAGUAUCUUUGUCAGAAAUGCCAAAGCGCUGCAGGAAAUCGGUUGAUUGAAAGCAAACCUAGUUUGUAUGGCUCACCAAGUGCCUUUAAAACACGAGCUCCUCAGCAGAGUGGGGAAAUGCUUAAUCUGAGGCAGUUGGACUACAAGUCAACACUAAAAUAUGAUCCUAGAGCGGCAAUGCAUCGAGACAGCUACAGUGAGCACGUGCAAUAUGUUAGAAUCCAAAAGGACAAAUACACCGAAGUAAACGCCUUCUCUGCAAAUUGCUUUCUAGUAUAUCAUAGAGAAAGAACUACUUGCCUUAAAUGAUCAUUGAUAGCCACAGUUUUCUAGCAAGGUUAACACCUUAGUUCUUCAUAUUUUUUUUUCUAUGUGUAGUAUUUUUUCUCUUCCUGCCCCCGGGCUGGAAGCUUAUUUACAAUCCAUACUGAAAAGGCUAAUUUAAGUAUCAAUAAUUUAAUGUAUUUUGAAUAAGAGCUAAAGUAUGUAGUACAGUCUGUUCCAUGGAAGGAAUCCGAACGCCCCCAUGACAACCACGGGCAUAUUGUUCUAGGAGGAUGGAUGGGGAAGAGAAAGAAGGUAACGGAAUACAGUAGAAUGCCGCCAGUGUAAUUUUACUGCAUGUAUUUAACUCAACUGGAGGUAGCGAGGAGAUGGUAAAGACCAGGUCUUUCUUUAUUGUUCUUAGUGAAUGAAUCCUAAUUAUAGUUUAAAAAAAAACUGCCAUUCACAAGUCAAUGCUGGGAUCAGCUAGAAGUCUAGAGUACGUGGAAGGAGGGAAUUUCAGUGUGGGGCAUCUCUGUUGUGUGUGAGACUGGAGCAGUAUAGACAGAGCAAGUUGAAAUGGACUGAGUCUAAAAGACAGAUGUAAAUGGCGACCUGGGGGAGCUGGUUUCAUGGCUGCUUGAAGGAAAUAAGGAUUGGAGAGAGGCAAAAACAGACUUGUGCCAUAAUGUAUUUCGCUUCAUGGUACAAACAUGGUCAUGGCAAAUGGUAAAUAUUAAAUCACUUCUCUGCUGCGCUAUUACCCAGUGACCCUCCUCUAAGAAGGGACUAUGUUACAUGCAAUACACGAAGACGAUAGAUUUAAGGCUGCUUUCCAAAUGCAAGGUGAUUCGACAUGAAACUGGACUGGGCAGAUUCUGACCAGACUUGGAGGUCUUCAUUCAGAACCACGCCAUUUUAGCGAGGGGAAAAUAAUUAGGCUGAACGAGAAAACAUGAGGUUUUGAUGGUACUUUUGCUAUGAAAGGAAAACACUGUAUUCCUUAUACGAAGCACAUAUAUCUUUCAUUAUUUAUAAUAAAAAUGUUGAAAUCUAUCUCAGCUCAGUUAUUCAAGUCAAUACUUAGUUUGUUUGUUUUGUUUUUUUAAAGAAUUUUAUAAUUGUGUACCACCCCAUGUAUUUCGCAUUACGGCUACAAAUGUAUUGCUUUAUACCUCUUUGUAAGAACACCAACCGGGUUUUAAGUGAUUGAUGAACUUUCGCACAUAGGGUAGCUGUUGUUCUCUGCAGAGUGAUGCCAGUUUUCUUACCACACUCACACACAUGGCUAAUAUGAAUUGAAAAUGCAGUACACGGUCUAUCUUGGAGCUAUUCUACCUAUACUUUAGAAAUAGGUCAUGUAUCACUUGCCAAAUUUUUCUGAAUGUGACUUGCUAAUUUACUGGUUUUUAGCUUCACUAGCAUUAUUUUGCCACCUUUUAUUUGUAUUUAUGAAGAAACAAUGUACUAGCAUACUACUUUGGAUUGUCGUGUUGAUAUCAUGUGGUUUUAACAUCAAUAAAUAUUUAACAAGUAA